AUGUCCCAAUUGCACAAGGUUCUUUUCAUUCUCACUCUUUUGUUCUCUGUCGUGGCCGAAGCCAAAAGUAAGAAGAAUAAGCACAAAAAACCUCAUGCUCCCAAGAGUUUCAACCCACCUCAAAACAUUUCCUUCAUACAAGUAGAUCCACCUGCUCUAGAAAACAAGGGUGAUUUCGAAAUAUAUUCCACUGGGCAUUGGGAAUUGAUUUCUGAAAAUGCAGGGGUAUCAGCCAUGCAUAUCAACUUGUUGUCCACAAACAAGAUCAUCGUUUUUGAUGCCAAAGUGUACCGUAUGUCCAGAAUCAGAUUACCAGAUGGCGUGCCAUGCCUUCCCUACAAAGAUUUCAAGACUAAUGAAGACAAACUCGAUUGUUUUGCUCACGUAGUGGAAUACGAUAUUGAGACAAACAAAGUUAGGCCAAUCAAGAUAAAUGAGGGAGAUCCAUGGUGUUCCUGCGGAGGGGUUGCACCUGAUGGUACCUUCGUGAAUGCUGGUGGUUUUGCAGACGGAGCGAGAAGCGUAAGAUUCAUGGGUCCUAAUUGCCAAGAUUGUGGAUGGAGAGAAUACGACAACGUAUUGUCACAAGACAGAUGGUAUGCGACUCAACAAAUCCUUCCGAACGGAGACUUCAUAUUGGUAGGAGGGCGCAAAAGCUUUAGCUAUGAGUUUGUUCCAAUGGAAGGUUUAUCAAGCCAGAAACCCUUUUUCUUUCCAUUCUUAUAUGAAACCUCAGAUUUUGACGAGAACAAUCUCUACCCUUUUGUUCACCUUUCCACCGACGGAAACCUCUUCAUCUUCGCCAACAAUCGCUCUAUACUCCUAAAUCCCAACACUCACAAAAUCGUUCGUACCUUCCCAGUCUUACCCGGUGGAUCACGCAACUACCCUGCCUCCGGCAUGUCUGCCCUACUCCCAAUCGAUCUUAAUGCUGAUACCGUCAACGCCGAAGUCAUCGUUUGCGGCGGCAACAUCCCCGACGCCUUCUACUUCGCCGAGACAAAGAAAAUCUUCCUCCCAGCUCUUCAAGAUUGCAACAGGAUGAUCAUCACAGAUGAAUCUCCUGAGUGGGACUCCGAGUUAAUGCCUUCAGGGAGAACAAUGGGAGACGCUUUGGUUCUCCCCAAUGGACAACUAUUGUUCAUCAAUGGUGCACAAGUGGGCACCGCCGCAUGGUGGGAUGCUGAUAGCCCUAACUACACGCCCGUGUUGUAUAGCCCUGAGAAGCCUAAGGGGUUGAGGUUUAAGGUGCUCAAACCAAGCCAAAUAGCAAGAAUGUACCAUUCUACUUCAGCAGUGCUUCCUAGUGGCAAAAUUUGGGUUUCUGGAAGCAACACUCAUGAUACAUAUAGGGACGUGGAUAAGUUCCCAACUGAGACUAGAGUUGAGGCUUUCUCUCCUCCUUAUUUGGACACGGACUUUGACAAGUAUAGGCCACAGAUUAAUGAGGAUGUUUCAGAGAAAGAGUUGAGUUAUGGGGGCAUCUUUGAGACGGUGUUCUCAGUGGAAGAUGCAGAUGGGUUGACCAAGAAUGACAUUAAGGUGUCCAUGUAUUCCCCACCCUUCACUACUCAUGGGUUUUCAAUGGGACAGAGGCUUUUGUUUCUCCGAAUUGAGGAUUUGGUCGCAGAUUUUGAAGGGUUUUACAGGGUUAGGUUGGUGGCACCUCCAUCUAGUGUCAUUGCUCCUCCUGGGUACUACUUGCUCUUUGUCGUCCACCGUGGAUUGCCUGGCAAGGCAAUGUGGGUGCACAUACAAUAA